UGGCGCUAUUUUGCGUUUUAGUUUAUAUUAAAUAGAAAAAACAGUUUAAAAUUGUGUUAUGUAUGAAAUACAAGUUUAUAUUAGUUUUCAUAAGUGUGCAUGAAUCAUAUAACAGGCUUCUUACAAGAUUGUUCAAUGGGUUCCUUAACAUAAAACCUGCCAGACGCUUCAGUUGAAGCCCUUAGGGUUAGUUGUCAUUGAGGAAUUGAAUGGCUAUGUAUUAUUACGCAAGUAAGCUGAAUGAAGCCUCAUGUAGUGGGUGCAACAUGAAAGUGCCCCCCGCCCCUACUGAGCCGGCCCCUGUGCCUCCACCACCCACCGAUCUUGCUCCGCUACCACCAGACCCAUCUCUCCUGCAUGGCACGGGCCUUUCUUAUUAUGAUAAUGAUGAUUACUACUCAAUGGUAAGGGGAAACAAGUUUAUGUCAGAGAGUACCUGUAAACACAUUGUGAUGAAUGGUGGGAUCAACUUUGUUGCAUCCCAGAAAGUAGAUGCACCACAGCUGUCAGGGGUACAUCCAUCCGGGGUGAAGACAAUAAACACUCUUCCUUAUGUGAACUGUUCAGGAGACAAACCAGAGGUUGAGUACAGAGAUGGGCACAUAGUGAGUGCCACUCUAGAGGCCCUGGUCGAUAUGCUCCGGCCAGGAGCCAGCAAGGCAUUCACGUUCACAUUCCUAUUGUGUUCACGGCUCUUUGUGAAACCGCAUGAGCUGUUGAACAAGCUUUGCAAGCGAUACUUCAAGAAUUAUGAGAAAAUUGGUAAAACUGAAGUGAAGGAUUUAGUAGAGAAGGAACUCAAUGAUAUGAUAUGCCUAGUGAGGGUGCUAAGCCAGUGGACCAGUAUGUUUCCCUACGACUUCCGUGAUGACAGGGUUAUGGCUCUUGUACGCAGUAUAACUCAGAGAUGUGCAGCAGAUCAUAUGACAUCAGUGAGAGUGGAAAUGUCGACCACGUUAGAAAAACUGCUGGACAAGUUAACAGCUCUUGAACAAUAUGAAGAAACCUUAUCGGAGCCGCCGCAGGUAUCAUCUGUGGACCAAUUGACACAGGGCGACAUACUUACACUGGGCCUCACACCAGUUGAGCUGGCCAACCAACUAACCAUCGUGGAACUACAUCGGCUAUCAUUUGUCGGUCCUGAGGAGUUCGUGCAGACUUUCGCGCCGACACAACCGCCCCAGUCGACUUCUGGCAAGCAGUCUAUCAGCCUGCAUCAUAUAGAAACUAAGAGCACCAGGAAUUUGGAAGCCUAUGCUGAUUGGUUUAAUAGGCUCAGUUACUUAGUGGCCACUGAUAUACUCAAGGCUGUUAAAAGCAAAUACCGCGCCCGAGUGAUCGAACAAUGGGUUAUGACCGCCAGAGAGUGCUUCAAUCUCGGCAAUUUUAACUCCCUAAUGGCUAUCAUCAGUGCACUGAAUAUGUCGCCAGUUACACGACUAAAAAAGACGUGGAGCCGAACAUCGGCCGUAUGUGGCCAGCAACUGCGGCAGCUAGAACUUUGUGUUGAGCCUAGUGGGAAUCACGCGAGAUACCGUGCAGCAUUAGCGGCCGCUCCAACUGAGACGGCCGUACCAUUACUCUCAGUGACAUGCAGGGACCUGCAUUUUGCCAACCAGGGAUCUCCGUCUAAGUUAGCGGGUAAUCGCGUGAAUUUCGAGAAGUGCACGUUGUUGGGUCGUCACGUUAGCACUCAGUUGGCCAGUCGGCGGCUGACGAGUGAAGAGAGCCCGGUGACGUCCCAUCCGACACCUCACCUCACUGUGUGGCGAUUCCUGAAUGAUCGACCUACGCUUACUGAGAUUGCUUUGGAAAUGAUAUCUUUCGACCGGGAACCUCCAGUGGACCACCAGGAAAAAGAGCGCUUGAAGCGCUUACGAGGGGCCAGUUAAAUUAGGUAAAGUACCUAAUACUCACUAACAGAAGCCCAAUAUACUCUCGACCCAGUGACGGGCGGCGCUCAAGCGUCACAAUGUGUUCCAAUUUUAAACUCAAUACUUACGUCAUAAUCAUCGUAUCGUAUAACCUCUUAUCGUGAAAGAAUAGGUACUUGUGUACUUCUAUUCUAAUGUUACAUUACAUCUCAGUUCGAAUUACUGUGCCUCUCCUAAUAUGUCUACUGGUAACUGCGCACGAGUCACAAUGUACGAACAAAACACCUCUACGCAUGCGCGACAUUCAAAAUGGUUGACGUCAGAGCGGCAAAGUUAUUUGAAUUAAGCUGUAGAAUAUACUUUUUAAAGUAAGAAGUAUAACGUAAAUGGUCAAAGAUUCCGUUGUGGGAUUCUAUGAUCGAACUAUAUUUACUGUUAAAAGUAUUGUAAACAGAAUUUAUUUGAA